UAAUGCAGCUCCCUCCACAGGGACCAUGUCCACCCGGCGCCUCCGCAGCGAGGACUACAACGACUACAGCUCCACGGACGUCACGCCAGAGGGGAGCCCGCCCGGCGGCAUGAACGGUUUUGCCCACCCUGAGUCCUACCAGCGCUUUGGGGAGGCCAACGGCACAACGUGGUACCAGACCCUGAUCCACCUCCUGAAGGGGAAUAUCGGCACGGGGCUGCUGGGGCUGCCUCUGGCUGUGAAGAAUGCCGGCAUCCUGCUGGGUCCUGUGAGCCUUCUGGUGAUGGGAGUCGUGGCUGUACACUGCAUGGGCAUCCUGGUGAAAUGUGCCCAUCACUUCUGCUACAGGUUCCAGAAGCAGUUUUUGGACUAUGGGGGUGCCGUGGUGUACGGGCUGGAGUCAACUCCCAGCGCAUGGCUGCGGACACAUGCCGUCUGGGGAAGGCGUGUAGUGGGACUUUUCCUGAUCGUCACUCAGUUGGGUUUCUGCUGCGUGUACUUUGUCUUUCUGGCUGACAAUCUGAAACAGGUCAUAUCUGCAGCAAAUGGGACCACCAAUGACUGCAGCCCAAACAGGACAGUGGUCAUGACCCCCACCAUGGACUCCCGGCUAUACAUGCUUUCCAUCCUGCCUUUUGUGGUGUUGCUCACGUUCAUCCAGAAUCUCAAGGUCCUGUCCAUCUUCUCCAUGCUGGCCAACGUGGCCAUGCUUGUCAGCCUUGUUGUGAUCUACCAGUACAUCGUCAGGGACAUUCCUGAUCCCAAGGACCUGCCUCUAGCAGCAGCCUGGAAGACCUACCCUCUGUUUUUUGGCACCGCGAUCUUUGCUUUCGAAGGCAUCGGGGUGGUAUUGCCUUUGGAAAACAAGAUGAAGAACCCCCGGCAGUUCCCACUCAUCCUCUAUGUGGGGAUGACCAUUGUCACCAUUUUGUACAUCAGCCUGAGCGUCCUGGGGUACCUGCGCUUCGGGGCGGACAUACAGGCCAGCAUAACCCUCAACCUGCCCAACUGCUGGCUGUACCAAGCUGUCAAGCUGCUCUUCUCCUUCGGGAUUUUCUUCACGUACGCCGUGCAGUUCUAUGUGCCCGCUGAGAUCAUCAUCCCUCCCCUCGUCGCCCGAGUGUCGGAACGCUGGGGCUGGCUGGUCAACCUGCUCCUCAGGGUGGUCCUGGUCAGCGUGACCUGUGUCCUGGCCAUCCUCAUCCCGCGCCUGGACAUCGUCAUUUCGCUGGUGGGCUCCGUCAGCAGCAGUGCCCUGGCUCUCAUCUUCCCCCCGCUGCUGGAGAUCGCCACCUACUACACAGAAGGCAUCCACCCCCUCGUCGUGGCCAAGGACAUCGCCAUCAGCCUCUUCGGCUUCGUGGGCUUCGUGGUGGGGACAUACGAGGCGCUGGUGGAGCUGAUAGCGCCCGCCGCUGCUGUUGUGAACAGCACCAGUGUCAUGGUGCAGUGAUGGGCCCCCCCCGACCCUGCCGGCCCCUCUGGAUGCCAUGCUGGGGGCACACGGGCACCGGGCACUGCUGGUCCCCUGGGAAUGGCCUCCCCUCUCCUCUCGGGAAUCAGGGUGGCUUUGGCCUGCGAGAGGACAGGGCCACCCCCCACUGCAGCCGUCCCUCUGCGGUGGGGUCCCAUGCUGGGCUCCGGGCUGGACCAGUGCCUUCCUUGGGGGCUUUUUGGGCAGGUGAUACAGCAAAACAGCCCUCUGGGCACCUGUAAAUAGUCACUUUGAGAGGUGAGGAAUCCCAGGGAUAUAGAUUUUGAUUUUAUUUUAUUUUUUUAAAUCCCAACCUUUCUGUAUAUCCCCCGUUCCUUCAGUCAGGGCGGGGAACAGGGACUGUUCUUUUUUGUGCCAGUUUGUUUGGUUUUUUUUCCCUCAGCACUUUAUUUUUACAGCAACAGAGAAACCUCAGCUCAGGUUGGAAAGUGUGGAGCUUCUUCCCCACCCCAGCCUUGUGGGGAGGGUGGGCAGAGCCACCAAGGUUUGGAGCAUCCUGGGGCCCCCCCAGCUCUCCCGUGGUGGGAUCCCCAGACAUGGCAUUUGCUCCUGCCCUGCUCCGGUGCUGUUCCAGCUGCCUCGGGAGCUGGGCACUGGGCACGGCACCUCCCUGCCCUGGGAGGGUUUGCUGAACCCUGGUCCACGCUUUCAGUAGUGACACUUCUUUUUUCCCCAUCUAACGCACAUACCUAACGCGUGGCUUUAGAGAACCGAGGCAUGGGGAGAGCGAAUUGGCUCGGCCAGAACAAGGGUCUGAGCCAGUCGCCUUGGGGUGUGAGCCCCCUCCCUGCACGGGACAUGGUGUCCCCGGGGCUCACCGUGUGCUGCCCACACACCACAAAAAACAUCACCUUGUUUACAGUGCCCGAGCUGGCCCUGGCACGCUCCGGCUGCAUUUGCAGGCUGACACUGAAUGUCAAAUCACACACAAAGGAUUUUUUUUUUUUUUUUUUUUGUGUGUUUAGGACAAGAGAGCAAAUGCAUCCUCCGUGGGAUGUCUUUUAUUAGAGGUGCAAAAAGGUUUUGGCUGAGCCCCCUCCCCUGCAACCCCGUGUUGGCCAAACUCCUCCUUGCUAAUGCAGCAUCUCCCAGACGCCAGCAGCGUGGUGGUUUCCUUUGGAGAGCCUUUAUCCCUGCAUCCUGCUGCACCCGUGUCUCCCUGCGGGUGGGCAAAGGCUGCUGGCGGUGUGGGAAAGGAGUGUGAAUAUAGCCCUGGUGGGCUGUGUUCCCAUCUUUGAUGGAGGGUGAGUGAGGCUUGGGGUUAUUUUUGGUGUUUAACCUGCUCCUGGGAGGAGAAGGCUGUGCAGAGCGGUGUCCCUGCAGCCUGCCUCCUCCGUGUGUCAUGUUUCAGUGUCUUGCGCUGUGUCCCCUUUGCUGGCUCUGCUCUGGGUGCCCUGUGCCGGUACACGGACCCGUGACCAGGUCCAGGGCAGGUCUGUGCCACAUCGCUGCUCCUUUCCAGCCCCUCACCUGCUUGCUGCAUCUCUUGGUGCUCGCUUCGUCUCCUCCAAGUCUGUGCUGGUGAAGGUUUUGGCCUGCUCCAGCAUAGCUUGGUCCUGACCAGAGCAAAGCUUUAAGUCAGAUCCUCCAUCUGGAGGACACCACGGGGAUAGAGGGCAAACGCGGGGGCUCCAGGGCAUGCUGUGGACAGGAGAAGUGCAAUAUUCACGUCCAUCACUCUGUACUGACCCUGGCGUGGCCCUUGGGGGCUGGAUUUGAGUGCAGAAAUGUCACCCUUGGCAGAGCAGGGCAUGCUGUGAGGAGCAGGGGACGUCUGAUGCUUGCCCCCAGCUCUGUCGGUACUCCACAAGAAGGCUGGCCACGUUUUGGGGGACAGCUGUGUGCCAGGGCAUGUCCCCAGCCCGGCACUGGGCAUCAGUGGGUUUGCUAGAAGGGCCCCACGCAUCCAAACUCACUUUGCAAUCAGUGAUGAAGACCUCAUUUCCAAGGAGACCGGGAUAUCACAGCAUUAAAUGUUUUUAGCAGUUCGUCACUUUUAUUGGGGAGAGCAGGGUGUGUUUGGAGAUGGGGCCACAGGUGCUAGUGGGGGCACGUGGUGUGAGGGGCUCUGCCAAACCAGGAGGACCUGACACAGGACUCGAUGGACACAAAAACUUGACACUUGUGUAUUGUAGGCUGCUCUGUAACCAAGGAAACUGUAAAUAUACGAGUUAUUAAUGUACAUGUCUUGUGCCUAUGGAUAUUGUCAGCGUACUGCGUGUGUAGCUGCCCAGUGCAAGAGCUGGUGCUGCACCUGAAUCAUGUAUCUUACUUUAAUCAAUAAAUAUGAUCUAUUUUUUACGUGAAAAGGU